AUGGACAGCAGGCUAAUGAAUGCUGCGAUUGGCUGUAUCGUAACGAUCCAGAUCAUUAACUUCUCCGUAGGCCUGCCUCUGAACUGCUACAUCAUUAAACUGCUUCUCUCCAAAGGUGGAGGAGUGGACGUUUCUGUGGUUUUUGUGCUGAACCACACUGCAGCCGAAAUCAUCUACUGUCUUGUUGCACCUUUGUACAUAGUGUGCAUUAUUAGCUUAGAACUCUGUGUUGGCCCAUUGCUGGGUCUCUGGAUUGGUACCUGCAUGCCUGCCAGAUACCUGUUCCAGUGCUGGGUGUGCGUGGAGCGUUACAUGGCGGUGAUCCACCCUGUGACCUUCCUGAGGUUCAAACCAAUCAGGUAUAGGGUGGCGUGCGCCGCCGUGGCCUGGAUAUGGGCUCUGGCAAUGGGCACUACCUCAAUGUGCACAUUUCCACUUCUGCCCUACACUGCCUUCGGAGUUCUAUAUCUCAUCAUUUUUCUUCUCGACUCCUUUUGUUGUGUCAUGAUUCUGAAAGGUCUGCUGCGUCCUGGGCCAGGAGACAGGGAGAGGGAGGACAGGGAGAUGAAUGCUGCCAAAAAGAAGGCCUUUAAAGUAGUCUGCAUGAACCUUCUGACAUUUUUGAUUCAGACCAUCCCAAUCGUUUUUUCCUUUGGCCUUCAAGACAUUUUGCUCCCAGAUCACUUUCACUUGGCAGUAGCCAUCGGCAUGACGAUCAAUAUCGCUGCAGGGUUUGUCCAUCCGAUCUUUGUUCUCCACAAAGCUGGUAAACUCUCAUUUAUUAAGUGCUAA